AUUCUGGCUAAUGAACGGAUGUGGAUCUUACAAUGGCUACCUAGCUACUGAAGUUUGUCAACAUACUUCAUUUGGCGCGGAAAUAGGAAAUCUUGGAUCUUCUUUGUUAUAAAAAUCACAAGCAAAUCAGCCUCCAAGAUGUCUGGACGACCUUAUAGCCGUGGCCCCCAGUCCUGCAUGAGGAAGAAGCUGACUCUCGACCUGGUGACACGUGACUUUACUAUCGUGGUUUGCGGCAGCCAUUUCAGAAGCGACCGAGAACGCCUUAGCUCAGCCUCCAAGUACUUUGACGCCAUGUUCAGGAGCAACAUGAAGGAAACGCUGCAAGGCCGCGUGGUUCUGACGGGCAUGCGCAGUGACAUCUUCGCUACAGUUUUAAACUUCAUCCACCACCAAGUUCCCGGUUUGACGCCCGAAAACAUCGACGAGGUUUGGGAGGCGGCGAACCGUCUAGAUAUAGAAACUUAUUUACAGGUAUGCGAGCAGUACGUCAUUGAUAAUUUGUCGCUUGAAAAUUUGUCCCAUUUCAACCAAGCCGCCAUUGAUUUGAAUUCAGAAAACGUGAAAAAUGGCUUGAUAAAUUUCAUGAAGCGAAAUUUCGGGAGUGUUUUAGAGACGGAUGAAUUUCUGAAUUGUCCGUUUCCUUUGGUGUUGUCUUUUGUCGAGGACGAUGAGCUGGUUGUCGAGACGGAGGAUGUAGUUCUGGAGGGGAUUCUGAGCUGGGUGUCGCGCGGAGGUAUUAAACCAGGUACCAUAAUGCCACCUGUAGAAAUGGAGCAGGGCGCGGAGGACGGAUUGGCAGAGGGGGAGCUCCAGCCCCUUGGCGUCCAGACUUGUGGCGUCACAGCUGAUUGCCAGUCUGCCGACUCUAGAGCUGACGCUCGCGAUGGGGACGCGACAGCCAACACGCCCGUCGACGUCGUAAACAACGCGAAUGAUGACGUCAUGGAUGACACGUCUGGUGACGUCAUAUCUACCAAGUUUGAUGAUGUCAUAACCAUAAAGUCUCACGACGCAGCCGAUGAUGAGGAACAGGGCGACAGAAGAAAAUACCUCGCCAAAUUAUUGUCCAGCGCUAAACUGGUUCUAGCCAGCCGAAGUUUCCUGGAGUGUCUACUAGCUCACCCGUACGUCCGCAACAGCCCUUCUGCGCGCGAGGUCGUGCGAGAAGCCUUAAAGUUCAAGGACGGGACCUACCCUUUCGAAAGUUCCCUGAUGACCCCCUACAGAAAGUGUAGCGAGAAGAGAAACGUGAUGGCCUACAUCGAGAAGUCGAAGCUCCAAAUCUACGACCUUGAGACCAGGAGCUUCAACACCGUCGAGCUUGGGAACAUACACGCAAAAUUCAAAACCAAGGUGCGCCUCGCCACCCUGGGCUCGAAGCUCGUCUUUGUGGGCGUCAAGUACAAAGGGGACUGUAUCCAUGUCCGACACAAGUGCCGGCCCAAAGCGAUUCUCACUGUGGAUGAAAACAAAAAAAUUUCCGCCUUGUAUGAGGUCUGCGGGAAACAAAACAUGCCGAUGAAACUUUUGAACAUGAACGGCAAGAUUCUCGGCGUCUGCCAGUGUGCGACAAGGAGUCGCGUGCUGAACCCAGAAUUGUUCGAGAUUGUCAAGUUUGACCUCAGUAUCAAGUAUGAUCUGGCUUGUGUGUUUGAAAACAAUAUCCUUUUGAUUUCUCAUUCGGAUUUUAACAUGGUAACAAUGCAGCUUGAUACCUUGGUCGUGAACAUUUACAACACGGACACAAAGUCCAUGACAACCAGUAGAAUACCCGUCGUCCACAGAGGGAUCUCUACAGUCUUUCACAAAGAAAAGGAACUGUUUCUUCUCCUUUCGAGCGGGGUCUUGAUAGCUGUCAAAAGAGGCGACGACGGUGAGAUACAGUUUCCCAACGUGGCAAAUCUUUGGAACAACUUUCAAUGGAUGCUGCGCGGGGCGGCUUACUACAAAGGCGAAUUGUUUUUGUUCUGCGUGGACGACGGGACGGUGCAUUCGGCGUCGGUGAGGUCAGUGCCUGGAGUAUUCGAGAAGAUCACGGUGGUCGAGCUAGAGGAUGACGAAGAGUUUGAGGGCAGCAACUUUGUCCCCUUGGUGGUGCCGGCUUCCUGGGUUGAGAGUUAGAUCUAAACUGGCGUUUAGUUUGUGGUCAGCCAUUCCAUCGUCGUCAUCACCACAGUGGUACCGCGGUCACUCUUUGAAUGUUUUAACUAUGGAUUCCAUCAGCGACAAGAUCAGGGUAAUAUCAUAGCUUUCUCUACACGUACUUACAGUUUCUAACUUUUUAAUGCUUAUAUCACUUCUUACAAUCUAGAAAAAUAUACAUUUUAAAAUA